CUGCUGCUGCAGGAGGAGAACACUGUAACCAGCUCCUCCUCCUCCCCUUCCUCUCCUUCCUCUAUCGGAACAGAUUCAGUCUGGACUUCUGGAUCCAAGCUGAAACUUGUGAGUCCAGAGGAGGAACUUUCGGCUCGGCAUGGCGUCUCUGCUGAACUCCGCCUGCCUCAUCUUCUUUCCUGUUGCUCUGCUUCUCACAUUGAGCCCGUGUCCUGUCUCUGCAGCCUCAACCACAAGGUGUCACUCCAUCUACAAAGGCUUUGCUCAGUGUCUGAUGGCUCUGGGCGAAAGUUUGACCAACACCGCCCACAAGGAGGAGGAAACCCACGAGAUACACUUCAUCUGCAGGUCUUGGGAUGAGUUUCAUGACUGUGCUAACGCGGUGAUGGUUGGCUGUCCAGAGGAAGCGGCAGCUGUAUGGGAGUCUCUUCGCCAGGAAUCCAAGAAGAUGCAGUUCUCUGGAAACCUUUAUGACAUGUGUUCCAACCGAAACAGCCACCCAGCAGACUCCAUCUCCCUGAACCAGGAAGAGCUCAACCAGGAAUCUCUAAGAGGAUGUGCGGUGCAUCUUGCAGGCUGCCUCCAUCUUCUCCUGCUACCGGCUCAUCUCCUACUGAUGCUAUUUUGGAUAUAGCUGCCCUGAAGAAAUGGGAUUAGUGUAAAUAGAAAAAAAACUUUGUGUAAUAUUCCAUUUCUCAAAUCCAUAGACUUUCCUUCUGCUUCUUCCUCUGCUCUGCCAGAGGUUGCAUAUUUGUAACUGCAUGCUGAGAUGGCCAAAUGGUCCUUUUGAUAACAAAUAUCUUAACUCCAUUUCUGUUUCAUUAUUACUCUCUACCAUUAAUAAGUUGAUCUAUUGGAAAUGCUCUGUACCUCUCUAGAAACAGCACAGCAGAUACACUUUUAGAGAUCAACAGUAAAGCCACUUGUCUGUCUUUAUGCCCUUACACCUUGAAAAUUCAAUUGUAAGUUUGCAUGUAAUGAUUCCAAAAAAGUUCCUACAUGUGAUUAGAUACGUAUAACAACAAAAUCACAAGCAGCACAUUAAUAUUACAAAGGAUUUAUGAGAUGUACUCAAUUGUUUGCAGAGGUUUAAGACUAAAUUUGUGUUCUUGUCCGUAAAAGUGUAGUUUCUGAGCUCCAAAUAUUGACUGCAUCAAGGAUCUGUAUUUUUCACCAAAUUGUGGAAAGAAUUAGUAAGGGCAAGUAUAUGUCCAACCGCAGUUGAAAAUAAAAAG